UUUUAUUUUGUUUAUUUUUUUUAGCUGUUGUCUUUCUCGACGGUGAUUGGUCGACAGGCUUCUUACGUAGUACACCGUGAGUCGAUCUGGAUUCUGAUUGGUUGAAUUUUCCUAAUGGGUGGCGUUCAAGAGCUAACGCGGAAGUGCUUUUUUUUACACAAUAACAUAGUUUCAGCUUUUGUUUGCGUGGUUAUAUGAAGUGUUUUAAAUAAAACUUCGACAUUAAUAAUGACAUCCACACAUUCUCAGAAGUUUCUUGACCCAAAUCUGUAACAAUUUGUGGGAAAUAAAAGAUCGGUGCAUAGAUAUUUUCUGUCGUCUAUUAAAGUAUUGUAUGAACUUUUUAACCGAAUUAGCGGUUAGCUUCGGAUUAAAAUGAUAAAUGCUGUAUGUAUAAAUAUUGCCAGAGCCCUGUCAGGCCAGGUAUUUGCGCUACGUGUGCUGGUUUAAAGGGUGACACCCCACACUGAUAUCUUUGUGCUCGGCUCACACUGGGAGCUCUCUGGCUAAAAGAUCAGCAAGCGAUCAAAGCAAACCAGUCUAGUAAGUAAAACAGCUGUUCUAAUUUAGGGAAAAACGCGACAUUAUUUGUUAUUUGCAAGUGAAAUAGAAGCAGCAUCACAGUUUUAGGCAAUUUGAUCCCAUUCCUGUCGUGCUAUUGUGUGGAUGGAUCUAAAGCUGAACGGGGGAAGGAGGAGGAGUCCGUGAGACAACGACGCCGCGACCCGGGAACCGCCGAGGGGGAUAUGGUUAUGGUGGAAGAGGCCCGCGUCGCACCGAGCUCACACCGAAUUCAUUGAGUCCGAAAUGGGGAAGGAGGUAAACGGCGUUUCCCGGAGCCGGUUUGAGAUGUUCACAAACAGCGAUGAGGCCGUCAUCAAUAAGAAGUUGCCUAAGGAGCUGCUGCUGCGGAUCUUCUCCUUUCUGGAUGUGGUGACGCUCUGUCGCUGCGCUCAAGUCUCCAGGUCCUGGAAUGUUCUGGCGUUGGAUGGCAGCAACUGGCAGCGAAUCGACCUCUUUAAUUUUCAGAGGGACAUCGAGGGUCGAGUGGUGGAGAACAUUUCAAAGCGUUGUGGAGGGUUUCUCAGGAAACUGAGCUUGAGAGGUUGCCUGGGUGUGGGGGACAGCGCCUUAAGGAGUUUUGCUCAGAACUGCAGGAACAUCGAGCUGCUGAGUCUGAACGGCUGCACCAAGAUCACAGACAGCACAUGCAGCAGCCUCAGUAAGUUCUGCCCAAAGCUGAAGCACCUGGACCUCUCCUCCUGCACCUCCAUCACCAACCUGUCACUGAAAGCUCUCAGUGAGGGCUGCCACUCUCUGGAGCAGCUGAACAUCUCCUGGUGCGAUCAGGUCACCAAGGACGGCAUUCAGGCUCUAGUGCGCUCCUGUCCUGGACUCAAAGGCCUUUUCCUGAAGGGCUGCACACAGCUAGAAGACGAGGCUCUGAAGCAGAUCGGGGCGCACUGUCCAGAACUGGUCACGCUCAACCUGCAGACCUGCUCACAGAUCACAGACGAGGGCCUCAUCACGAUUUGUCGGGGUUGUCACCGCCUGCAGUCUCUCUGUGUGUCGGGUUGUGCCAACAUCACAGACGCCAUCUUGCAUGCUCUGGGACAGAAUUGCCCCCGCCUCAGAAUAUUAGAAGUGGCCCGCUGCUCUCAGCUGACAGAUGUGGGCUUCACGACGUUAGCUCGGAACUGUCAUGAACUGGAGAAGAUGGAUUUAGAAGAAUGCGUGCAGAUCACAGACGGAACGCUCAUCCAGCUGUCUAUUCACUGCCCUCGCUUGCAAGUCCUGAGCCUGUCCCACUGUGAGCUGAUCACGGACGACGGCAUCCGACACCUCGGCAGCGGCCCCUGCGCUCACGACUGUCUGGAGGUGAUCGAGCUGGACAACUGCCCCCUCAUCACGGACGCCUCGCUGGAGCACCUGAAGAGCUGCCACAGUCUGGAUCGCAUCGAGCUCUACGACUGCCAGCAGAUCACCCGCGCCGGCAUCAAGAGACUGAGGACUCAUCUGCCCAACAUCAAAGUGCACGCGUACUUCGCUCCCGUCACUCCGCCCCCCUCGGUGGGGGGCAGCCGUCAGAGGUUCUGCCGCUGCUGCGUCCUCCUAUGAUGAAAAGUCAACAGCCCCCCCCCCUACAGAACUGCUGCCCCGCACGCCGAGGAACGCCGCAAAAGUCUUGAAUGUCCUCAUAAACCAGAAGAGCAGAAGCUCCGCCUCCUCCCAGCCUGCCAACACAUCAGUAUUACCAAGCAGGUUCACUCGACUACAAUCUCCAUGACGACGGAGCGGCUACCUCUAAACAGGAAAACCACCAAGACUGCCAACAAAUCCCCGACACAAAGCAGCAGAAAGCCUUACCUCAGUUUUUUCUUUUUUUUGUAAGAAUUCUUGCAGAUAUUUGCACUUCCAGUUAAAAAAACAAAACAAUGAGACACUUUACAAACAUCUCCCAAUUCAAGAACCGGUAGUGGACGACCAUCCCCGCACGCUCUCCUCUCCUCUCCGCCUCUGUUACAAUCAGAAGCUUCAAAAAGAAUAUUUUUCUAAAAAUUCACACCAAUUAAGACUCACAAAUGUGUGUGUGGGCGGGGUUUGAGAAGAUGCCAAAUGUUGCAUGUAACUUAUCUAGUUUUUUAAAAAAGAAUCUGUGUAAAUAUGCGAGGACUUGUGGGGGUCCAGGACCAGGACAAUGAAAGAGCCGAAUGUUUUAGGGAGUCGGCGCCUCCACGGCUCCUAUGAGGCCUUGAAGGAAGACGGCGUGCGACUUUUCCCGUCAGAACCGAAUCGGACUCGCAUUAACGGUGGCGGAGCGACUCUCAAACUUACAAGGAUGGAUGGAUUUUUAGUCCCAGAGGGCUACGAAAAACUGCAAACCCGCCCUUUUAAGUAUCGAAGCCCUUCCCCCGAGGAUUUCCUUCGUCUCGCACUUUCUUUCACCAGCUGUGUUCUACGGAGAGAAAGUAGUACCGCCCACAAUUCCUGAUUGGUGCGUCACUUUACUUGAUUUGUAACUUGUAUAAAACAUUUUGUGGAUAAGUACAAAAAUAAAAAAAUUAAAUUUACAAGUACAACAGCUUGAAACUAAUUACACACGAAUCUGUAAUGAGACUCUUUUCACGUCUUAGUGAUGCGUUUAAAUACCGACACAAUGCUCGGUCAUCAGAGUUUCCUUUUUAGCCACUUUAAACUUAGUGAAUAAUAUCUGGUAAAACUUGACAAUUUCUCACAGAAAUGCCCGAUAAUUAAUAUAAAAAAGUCUAAAUACGUGUUUUAAGAACAUUAAAACUUAAAAAUAUUUCCCAGAAUUCAUUGCUUCCUAUGAUCAAGCCUCUCCAGCCUGUGGGUGUUUAGAUGGGCCUCGCGUUCGCCGUGGGAUAAAACGUUUAUUUGGACUUUUUUUUAAUUUUAUUUUAAUUAUUGGGUAAAUCUGUUUAAGAAAGUGGGAAAAUGUCAAGUUUUACCGGAUAUUACUCAUAGUCUAAGUUCAAAGUGGCUGGUAGGAGAACUCUGAUGACCGAGCAUUCUAGCGGUAUUUAAACGCAUCACUUAUCAACAAAUUCAUACGUAAUGAGUGAUUUUUAAAGAUUUUUGAGUGUAAUUAGUUUCAAGCUGUUAUAAUUUUAAUUUGCGCAUGAGUAAAUUGUAUUUUUUUGAAUUUUUUUUAUUUUUGUACUUGCGCACAUAAUGUUUUAUACGAGCUACAAAUCAAGAAUUAUGCACACAUAAAUGGGGGUGAUACUAAUUUCUCUCCGUAGCGUUCUGUCACUUUUAUUUUAUAGUUGUUCUUCCUUUUUCAACACUAUUUCCUUCGUUUUCAGCUCGUCUUUGCUGUGGUUUGGAUGAGGUUUUUGAAGUUGAGUUUUGGCCCUUUUUUUUUAUUUUAUUUUGUUUUUGGUUCAAAUAGUUUGUGUAGCUUCUGUUGAGAGGAAGUGUUGGCACCA